GGGCAUGGUAUGUUUUUCACUGCAGAAAAGAUGUUUUCAACUCAGGUUAGCUAUAAUUCAGGUUAAAAUAGCAGUGAGGACAUAGCAACUUGGCUUUUAACUUGGGUUAGCAGCUUGAUUUCAACUCCAGGCUCUACUAUAAGCUUUAACUCGCCACUUUACUAAAUCUUAAAUGAAUUAUUAGUUUGUGUACUUUUGAAUAAUGGGGCAAAAUUGGAACUUUUGUAUACUUCAAUGAAUCCUGAAAACUUCUAAUUUUGUUAAAAAUGUUUCUAUCUGUAAAUGUAAGUAAUAGGAGAAAGCAGUAGGCAAGAACUUGUUAGCAGACGCUACCAAGUUUUCCUCAGCAAAUAUCAAAGUAUCUACUCUUAGUGGAUGUUGCUCCCUGGUGGGAAAAAUGCUUUCACCAUUAUCACUCUACAUUUGUCAAUGAAGAAAUGAGAGAUGUGUAGUUUAAAUCUAGUCUCAAGGUCAAGAAAAAAAAAUGUACAUGGCCUGUCUGCCCAAUCAUACAAGGGACAGACCUGAGAGAGCAGCUCUGAAGUGGGGACUCAAAAAAUUCAUUUGCUAUUGGUCCGUGCAAUUUAUGGGUUGGUAUAGUGAACCAACACUUUUCCCCUCGGUCAGUCUUCCCUGUCCUUCAGUUGGCAGAUUCCAGUGGUGAAUGUUUUUUUUUUGUGAGAGUCUGGUGUAUAAAUCUCCCAUUGCAUAGUUUGUAAUUAUUUAGCUGACUUACCCAGUCUCCUAUUGGUAUGUUCUUAAAAAGGUAUAUUGUACCUUUGAAAACUUCUUUUUAAUGACUUAAACAAAAAUUGAAUGGGAUAUGAAAACUACACCCUAUAGGAACUAACAGCUUAAACACAAGCUGCAGCCUCUAAUUAUUAGGAAGAGUGGUCUUUUCAGAAGAAUAUUUCAAAAGGAAAUACCACGCUUUUUCUGAUCAGAGUAAAUAUUUUUAAAGAAGUUUUGUUAUCAAUCUGCUGCUUCACGAGCUGUGACUAGUUAAUGUGCUCAGCCUGAUGAAUGACUCUUGUUUUCCUGAAAGUUGUUUUCUAUUUGUUUGUUUGUUUAAAAAAGCUUUCUACAGGGUCACAAGACCAGGGUUUGAAAAAUUUCCCUAACACUAGCUCAACAGCCAAGUCCAGGUGAAAAAAGUGCACUGCCACUCCCACUGGAAAACAAAACGAAAAACACGCUCAGGCAAUGCAAAGGAAUAAAGCAGUUGUACAUUUGCAACCCAUCACCACAAGAUGAUGCAGUGCCACAUCACAACAUUACUUUGAGACCUGUCACCAAGACCACCAAAACUGGAAUCUGUCAACUGUUGUUGGAACAGCUUUUCAUGAAGUGAUGUUUGAAACAGAGGUCUGAGCUGAAGGCUGUCUUAGAAACAGAAGCAUUCGGUCAGCCCCCCCCAAAAAAGGUUUCAUUUAUGGACACUGCAUAACUUUUUUCAGGAGAAAAUGCUGGAACAGGAGAGAUGAGUACUCCUUUCACUAAGGCCUAGAAUUGCCUGUUGAACAACAGUCCUGAUCAGGCAAUAUACGAAUGGCCCAAGGAAGCCACCAAAUAGAUUUUCAGGUUUUACAUGACCUGCGACAAAAAUUUCCAGAGGUACCUGAAGUUGUUGUGUCCAGAUGCAUGUUACAGAAUAAUAAUAACUUGGAUGCCUGUUGUGCAGUUCUGUCUCAGGAGAGCACGAAGUAUCUCUACGGUGAAGGAGACCUAGGUUUUUCGGAUGAUUCUGGGAUUCCUGGACUACGAAAUCACAUGACAUCUCUUAACUUGGAUUUGCAGUCACAGAAUGUGUAUCACCAUGGACGAGAAGGAAGUAGAAUGAAUGGAAGUAGGACUUUAACUCACAGCAUUAGUGAUGGACAUCUUCAAGGCAGUCAGCCCAAUAGCGAACUGUUUCAGCAGGAACCACAGACAGCACCAGCUCAAGUUCCACAGGGAUUUAAUGUCUUUGGAAUGGCUAAUACAGUUAGUACUUCUAAUCCAGGACAACACCUGGGAUUUCACAUAGGCAGCAAAGGAGCAUCUAGCCUCUCUCAGCAAACACCCAGAUUCAACCCCAUUAUGGUAACUUUAGCCCCAAAUAUUCAGCCUGGUCGCAAUACCCCUACGUCUUUGCACAUACAUGGUGUACCUCCACCUGUACUUAAUAGUCCACAGGGAAAUUCUAUCUAUAUUAGGCCUUAUAUUACAACUCCAAGUGGUACAGCUCGACAGACACAGCAGCAUCCAGGUUGGGUGUCUCAGUUUAAUCCCAUGCAUCCUCAGCAAGUCUACCAGCCUUCACAACCAAGUCCCUGGACUACUCUUCCUACAUCCAGUCCUCUACCACAUACCUCAUCACAACAGUCAUCACAGCCAAACCAACAAGGCCACCAAACUUCUCAUGUCUAUAUGCCAAUCAGUUCACCCACUACUCCACAAGCACCCAUGAUUCAUUCAUCUGGUAGCUCACAAUCUGCUGCCCAUAGCCAAUAUAACAUUCAGAAUAUCUCAACAGGACCUCGCAAAAACCAAAUUGAAAUCAAACUUGAACCACCACAAAGAAACAAUUCUUCAAAGCUGCGUUCAUCUGGUCCUCGCACUUCCACUAAUCCUUCUUCCCUCAACAGCCAGACAUUAAGUAGAAGUCAGCCCACUGUUUACAUAGCUGCCAGUCCACCAAAUACUGAUGAAGUGAUCACUCGCAAUCAACCUAAGGUCUAUAUUUCAGCAAAUGCCACAACAGGAGAUGAGCAAAUUGUGCGGAACCAACCAACACUCUUCAUAUCAACAAAUCCUGGUGUAACUACCACCUCUAGGAAUAUGUCUGGUCAAGUAAGCAUGGGUCCUGCAUUUAUUCAUCACCAUCCACCCAAGAGUCGAGCAGUGGGCAACAACACCACUGUAACCUCUCCUCGAGUGGUGGUCACACAGCCUAACACAAAAUAUACUUUUAAAAUUACAGUUUCUCCAAAUAAACCCCCUGCAGUUUCACCAGGGGUAGUAUCCCCCACCUUUGAACCUACAAAUCUUCUAAACCUUCCUGAUCACUAUGCAGAACCAGAGGGUAUCCAGCAUCUUACUGACCCUGUUUUAGCACAUGUGGAUAGGAUCAGUGAUGCACGGAAAUUGAGUGUGGGAUCUGAUGAUGCUGCCUACACACAAGCUUUACUGGUACACCAGAAAGCCAGGAUGGAGCGACUUCAACGUGAACUCGAGAUUCAAAAGAAAAAGUUAGAUAAACUAAAAUCAGAAGUCAAUGAAAUGGAGAAUAAUCUGACACGAAGGCGCCUGAAGAGAUCGAAUUCGGUUUCCCAAAUUCCUUCACUGGAAGAAAUGCAACAGUUGCGAAGUUGUAACAGACAGCUACAGAUAGACAUAGAUUGCCUAACCAAAGAGAUUGAUCUUUUUCAAGCAAGAGGACCACAUUUUAAUCCCAGCGCUAUUCAUAAUUUUUAUGACAAUAUUGGAUUUCUAGGUCCUGUGCCACCAAAACCCAAAGAUCAAAGGUCCAUUGUCAAAACACCAAAGACUGUUCCAGACACAGACGAAGACGAGGGAGCUCAGUGGAAUUGUACUGCCUGUACUUUUUUAAAUCAUCCAGCCUUAAACCGUUGUGAACAAUGUGAAAUGCCCAGGCAUUUCUAAGCCAACAGGCCCAUUAUCUUUUGCAAAACCAUAAGAAACCUACAAUGGACUGUUCUGUCAUUGGGGAAAAAAUCAUUUUAUGCAUAGGAUUUUGUAAAAUUGAAGGUUUGACAAGAUGGUGUUUUGCUAAUGUUAAAUGUCAGCCCACAGAGCUAAUAAUACCUCAGUGUUGUGUCCAAGGCAGUUGAAAUUCAUCAGCUGAAAGGUAAUCUGCUGAAAGACUUGGUUGCCAGCUGCCUAAACCAUGUACAGUAUUACCAAUAUCCCAAUAAGAUAAUUCUCACCGUGUUCAGUGCUUGGGUGUUCUCCAUCCCUCUUUAUCCCCCAAUGUCACUACUGAAUUUUGACAGGGGAAAGGAAUAGAAUGAUAGCUUUUUUGUUUUCAAAGCUUUCAGUGAAACACUACAAAUGCAGAGGAAAUUAAAAGGAACAAGGUUUAACUAUUUAAACUGUUUGCCGCCACAGUGCCCAUGGAUAGGGGAAGAACUUCACAAAUCAGUGGUACUCUUUGCCUUGUCUUCCCUGAAAACGUCUCUGCUCUGUGAAGCCAGAAUCUAUACAAUCACCUCUAAAGAUGAAAAGGAAAAACUGCAUGCAUUGUCUGUACAAUACACAGUGAAAUACCCCAAAGCUUUUCCUACUGUACAUAGCUCUAGAGCCUGCUUUAAGUGAUUUCUUUUCUUCACCUUUAUUAUUUUCUUGUACUUCUGUAUGUAUAGUGUAAUAGUCUUUUUUGUUAACUUUCUUUUUUCCCUUUAAGUGAUUAAGCACGAUCAUGUCCCUUUUUUAAGCUUUUAUCUGAGAGAAGCAAUGCCUUAAAAUAAGAGCAUUAAUGGUAAGAAACUAUGCACAAUAGCUUUCCUCUGCUCAUUCUGUACAUUGCUCUUGUAAAUGCUGAUGAUCUGUGAAGACCUGCAGAUGCAGCUUGGUAAAAAUGCAGGAAAAGUUGGAAGAGUUAUACAUAUAGUUCACUCUGUACACUGAGUUUUACGGUGGGUGACACAAGAUAAUGUUUUGUCUGGCACAAGGAAACAAACUAAGAAACUUUCAACCCACCAACAGACUAGCAUCUGAUUUAAGCUUGCUUCAUCUGCUGGGUAUCUUGCAGACUCUUGAAGAGAUAUUUAUCGGGGGAGUACAUACAGUACCAAAAUCAACAGCAGCAGCAUCAUACAGCUUUGUUCAGAGAACUUUAAAUACUUUCCUGUUUUGGCAGCCAGUUUCUAAACCUGACUUGGUGGUGAAGUCUUAUAUUUAUAGAAAACAAGGAUAGCAAUAUUUAGGACAACUGAAAUAAAGGCUGGAAAGAGAAAUCAAGCAGACUUGAACACUGAAGCAACCUCAGCAUCUCUUUAUUUUGAUGAUUAUUUUUAAAGGAAAAUAUUCAGGUGAUCAGGAAUGUAUGUAACUGAAGUCAAGAAAAUGAAAUUAUAUUACAGAACACGUGAAAAAGACAGCAUGUAAAUAAUAAUGUAGCAGCACUAAGUGAGGCUGGAGGGACUGCUAAAAUGUAGCAAAAGGGAAAAGAUAAAGUAGACUGUCACCCACUGUAAACAUUUGCCAGUGGACAUUUUUAAAUAGGAAUUUUACAAGUGAUCUAUGUGAAUGCACAAAGGCCUUUUGUUUUGAAGGCUUUGCAUUUUUUAUGUGGGAAUAAAAUGACAAUCCCAGGUAAUUAGGCAGUAGACCCAAAGCACUUGCAUUCAAUGCAUUUUGUUUAUAAAAAUGAGGCCUUGUUUUUCAGCUUCAUCUGCAGUUCUAUGUGAAGAUUGACAAAUCAGUUUUUACCUGUUUUAUUAAUAAAACCUAAUUUGGAUAUCUUGAGUUGAUGGUUUUGUGAUUUAGCUGGGUAAACUGUCUUUGUAACAGAUAAGUUAUUUAUAAAAAUUAAAAAAAAUAUAUAUUCUAA